CUACUGAAGCCUCCAGUUGACGCAUUUUGGAAUCAUCCUGGAGGAGAUCCAGUCGAGCCACCAUUCGGCUCGAUUGCGCUUACUUGGCCAGGCCGAGCCAAUAGGUCGUCGCGCUCCUCGGCGGGCGGAGAUACCGCGCAGCGCUCAAGGUGUGGCUUUGCAGAUGCGUUCGUACGCGACUCGGGUUGGCACCGCACCGCAGAACUGCUCUAGCGCCGGUGCGCCAAAACACUGUACCCUCGGCCGAUGCAACUCGACAGUCGUAUUCCAUACCACGCUGCACUACCCGUGGUGCAGAUCGGGGUGCAUCUCAGCUGCUUGCUGCCCUCCCUUCUGCUUUGCCGCGUCUUGUAUCUGUGAUGCUGAGGGUUUGCAGCCACGUUGUCCCAGACAGGCCGGAGGCGCCGAGCCAGACGCAUUCAGGUCCAGAUUUACGGCGUCGAGGCCAGUCCCACGAACACCAGUCUGCACCCACUUUGGAGCCAGAACUGACAGGCGCCUCAAACGCCUCGACGUCUACAAGGGUAAAUCAGAUCGGUUUCCGCGGUGGCACGAACCCAUUGGAGCGGUUGCGGCAGCGACUGUGGUCCCAAUGUAGAGGAUCCAGGUACGAAGCAGGAUGCCAGUGCUGCACAGCCGUCUCUUCCAGGUUACCGUAUCUUGUACGACGCAAUGCACAUUGUGUGCUCGGCGAUCAAACAGAACCACGAGGCUGCACAUGUUGCGCACGACUCAGGCGUUCGAUCUCGACAAUGCUCGCUCCAGCGCAAACAACCUCUCCAGCGAAUCGGUGCCACUGCUGCCAGAAGAAGCAAUGCCUCGUCCAGUGCACAGUGCUCAGUGCUGCACACCUCCCGCCACUAGUCGCCGGACGCUAUAGCUCGCCCAGCCUCCUGUCGUUUGUUGCUUUUAUGCGUGAAUGCGUCGUCGUUCUGUCCAGCUGGGCAAGCUACGUCGCUUUCUCAAAGUAACACUGUCAUAAGACGUGCAUGUGUAAAGCCGUGUGCAUGCUUCGGAGUGGGCGCCCCUCCACACAAGGGAAGCGCAAGGUACAAGCGAGCGAGCGAGCGAGA